GAAGAGCUGUACGUGCGUCAUCCACAAGUACACAGAUACCAGGGCCAUUUCCCUACUGAUAUCGGACCGGCUGCUCUGCCUUAACGUCAGUGUUAACCCACGGUUUAUUAAUAGACACUAGCAAACCUCUACAGCACUUCGUCUGUCUGUAAGCUGCCAACAUGGACCAAGUAAACGUAACUGCAACACAACCAAAGAGCCCUUGGGGGACUCAGAAUGUGACGGCGCCCCCGUGUUCCUUGGCCGACGUCAUGAGCGAACAACUGGCCAAACAACUCAAUGAUGAAUGCACCUCUUCACCCAGCUGCACUGAUGGGGACCUGGACCUGGCUAGUAUUCCCCAAGAUGCUGACACGUCCAGUGACCUGAUGCUGGCUCAGAUGCUUCAGAUGGAGUUUGAUAGGGAGUUUGAUACCCAGUUACGCAGAGAAGAGAAAAAAUUCAACGGCGAGAGCAAAGUGUCCAUUUCAUUUGAGAACUACCGCAUGGUUCACCCGUUUGAGGACAGUGACAGCUCUGAUGAUGAAGUCGAUUGGCAAGACACCCGCCACGAUCCCUAUCGGCUCGCAAAGCCAACCACAACACCAAAGAAAGGUUUUGUGGGGAAGGGCAAGAACAUCACAACCAAACACGAUGAGGACGUCUGUGGGCGGAAAAAUACUGCACGCAUGGACAACUUUGCUCCAGAAGUGCACGUGGGUGACGGGAUCAGUAUGGACCUGAAGCUGUCUAAUCAAGUGUACAAUGCUCUGAAACGCCACUGUCAGACAGAACAGCGACGCAGCGCACGACUGCACGAGAAGAAAGAGCACUCAACUGCUGAGCAAGCAGUUGAUUCCAAGACCAGACUUCUCAUGUUUAAAAUGGUGAACGCAGGAAUAUUGGAGAAUAUUAACGGCUGUAUCAGCACAGGAAAAGAGUCUGUGGUUUUUCAUGCUGAUGGAGGAAGUUUUGAGGAGAUGAUCGUUCCAGAGGAGUGUGUACUCAAGGUCUUUAAGACCACCCUGAAUGAAUUCAAGAACCGUGAUAAGUACAUUAAAGAUGAUUACCGCUUCAAGGAUCGCUUCAGCAAACUGAAUCCUCGCAAGAUCAUCCGUCUGUGGGCUGAGAAGGAGAUGCACAACCUGGCCAGAAUGAAGAAGGCAGGGAUUCCAUGUCCAGACGUGGUGAUUCUGAAGAAGCACAUCCUGGUGAUGUCCUUUAUUGGGCAAAAUCAAGUUCCUGCUCCAAAACUAAAGGAAGCAAAUCUGAGUCAAGAGGAUUUAACUAAGGCGUACUACCAAGUAGUGCAGACUAUGCAGCAGCUGUAUAAGGAAUGCAACCUGGUUCAUGCUGACCUGAGUGAAUAUAAUAUGCUGUGGCAUGAUGGACAGGUGUGGCUGAUUGACGUGAGUCAGUCCGUUGAGCCGACUCAUCCUCACGGGCUGGAGUUUCUGUUCAGAGACUGCAGGAAUGUGGCCACAUUUUUCCAGAAGUCGGGUGUGGCGGAGGCUCUGAGUGUGUAUGAGCUCUUUAACACGGUGUCUGGGUUGGAGAUCAGUUGUGAUAAUGAGGCGGAUUUCUUAGCUCAGAUUGAAGCUCUGGAGAAGAUGAAUGAAGACCACGUGCAAAAACGAAGCAAGAAAGUCUUCACUAAUUCCUGUGAUGAUGGUCCUCCUCUGUUAGAUGAUGAUGAUGAUUAACGAUAAGAUAAUGCCCAUUUGAGUAAUAAAGGAGAAUCAAAUCACACUGAGGUGAGGGGGGUAAAACAUGGGCAUGUGAGAGUGUUCACUGUCCUCUGAGACACCCGUCUUUACCCUGCACCUGCCACUGCUGCCGCCACCGCUGCCGCUGCUGUGACUGGUUGACUUCAAAUUACAAAUUCAGGGUAUAAUAAUGUACCGUACCUCAGUACAGAGUACCCUCACAUCUGACAUUUGAACACAACCUGUUUUUGACUGUGAGGCAGUUUAACAAACACUGAAAUGACCUGUUGAAGUGCGACAUAAAGAACCAUUCAUGUAUAAAACACACAUUCAGAUUAAGAUAAAUAAGAUGAAUUUGCAGCAGAUAAUUACUGUCGGCCCCGAAGAUGAUCUGCGAUAUUUCUCACUUUAUUAUAUAAAAUGGUAGUAAGCAUAGAUGGAAUAUAAUUAUAAUAUAAUAUUGAAAAGCACUUCAAAAAAAACAAUCUGUCUGUGCAGGGCGUGCAUUCUGAUGGGAAUAUUCAGCUUUCUGUGGAAUUAUUUUAAUGUGGAGUGAGGUGUUGCUGUUUUAGUAGAUAUUUUAUGUUGUAUUAUCUUUUACCAGUUUAAUUGAAGAAACAAAAUAAAAUAAACACAUUGAAUCAGA